AUGCCUUGGAUUCCAGUGCUGCCCACUGUGGGGAACAAGCCUCCUCCUGAGAUGACGGUGUGGGAUGGAGAAUGUCUGAGUAAAACAGUUCGUGUACACCCUGUAAAGCAGGCCGAAUUCGAUAGUGUAGAUGGGUGGACAAAGGUACACAUCGUGGAUACAGAUUAUGAGACUUACCAUACCGUCCUCUUCAGAACAGUGCGUUCAGGCGAGCUACAGCUCUUUGGCAGGGAAAAGACUGUGUCAGAUGAAGUGAAAGAAAAAUUUAAAACUUUGGCCAAAGAUAUGCAACUUGAUCCAGAGGCAAUCUUCUAUGUAUCCGAAAAUGAGAUCUGUGCAUAAGAAGAUCCGAAAAAGAAAGCCAAACAUAACAUGGGAAAGAUGUCUGCAUGAGGAUGGG